AUGACGUCGAUUCCACUGUUUGUGAAGUACUCUCUGAACUUCUAUAACGACAAUAGCUCAUGCAUUGAUGGCUCCGUGGAUGAUGACGACUUUGGUCCUGUCAGCAGGCAUUGUGGAGAUGCCUUUGACCUGACCCUGCUGUUCGAACAAAGCUUCCUUUCCAUCACGCCAUCAGCAAUCUUUCUCCUCAUCUUUACAUUUCGAAGUUGGUAUCUUUUGCGACAUGGGACUAGAAAGGCCAGAAGGAACACAAUAUGGGCUCUGAAAUUGUUUAUGAAUGUUACGCUUGGAGCAGUUCAACUAGCUCUGGUAGUCUUUUGGAGCCAAGGAACGUCCCGAGUUUCGCUGGCUGCCGCAAUCCUCGCAUUGGCCGACUCACUUGCCUUGUGCUUUCUCUCAAAUGCUGAACACUUAGGGACUCCCAGAACGUCAACUGUCAUCAAUGUCUACCUUUUCUUUUCCACCAUUUUUGAUGCAGUUCAAUGCAGAACAUUAUGGCUUCUGCAGAGUAAUGGCCCCUUGCCGGCCUUGUUCUCUGCUAUGGUUGCCGUCAAAGCCGUGCUUCUGUUUCUUGAAGCGCAAGGGAAAAGCUCCAUUCUGAUGCCAAAGUUCCAAGGCCUUGCCCCCGAAGCAACAAGUGGGGUCUUCAACAGAGUUUCGUUUUGGUGGUUGAACCCCCUGCUUGUUCGGGGGUUUCGAUUCAAGAUGAAGCUAGAGGACUUGUUCACCUUGAGUCCGGAAUUCUCAGGCGAGAGAUUAGGGUCUCAGAUGGAACAGGCCUGGAGCAAAUGCCGGAAAACGCGGCGUCUUGCGCUACUCGGUGCAGUUUGCAGAGCUAUAAAAUGGCCAUUAGUAUCUGCUCUUUUCCCAAGAUUGUGUCUCAUUGGCUUCAGAUUUGCCCAGCCAUUUCUCCUAAAUAGGGCGGUAAGUUAUGUAGCUGAGGUGCAGGCUAACCCGGGCAAUAUCCACAAGGCAAUUGGCUAUGGGCUCAUAGGGAGCACAGUCUUGAUAUACCUUGGCCUUGCGUUCUGCACCGGAGCGUAUAGACACCAUACGUAUAGAGCCAUUACGAUGGUCCGUGGUUCAUUAGUAGUGAUUUUAUUCCGCAAGACAUUGGCUCUGGAUAGCAGCAACAGUUCUAAUAACCCAGCCUCAUUGACACUGAUGAGUACAGACAUCGAUGGCAUAGCAUCAGCCUUCAAUGCUGUUCAUGAUAUAUGGGCCUGCCCAAUGGAAAUAGCGCUUGGUUUGUGGCUGCUUGAGCGACACGUCGGAGUAGCCUGUAUUGCUCCAGCCGUGACAGCCUUAGUGUGCUUUCUUGCAAGUCUAUACCUCGCUCGCUUCAUGGGCCGUGGACGUCGCGAGUGGAACCAGGCCGUUCAGAAGAGGGUCACUCAUACCUCCUCGAUCCUAAGUCUGAUGAAGGAGGUGAAAAUGCUGGGCUUGACGGAGGCGGUGUCUAAACGUAUACAACAUCUCCGAGUCCUUGAGCUUGACCUAUCAAAGAAAUUCCGUGUCAUGACCGCGUGGACCAGUUUCCUAUCCCACGCGACCCCGGUCCUGUCACCCAUCCUCACUUUUGGACUUUACGCCGUUGUCCAAGGAACAGGUAUUGGACAAAGGUUGGACGUGGGUGCGGCGUUUAGCUCGCUAUCGCUGAUAUCAUUGCUCACUGAGCCGGCUUCUAAUCUCUUCCACGCGAUUCCCACUUUUGCUUCAGGCCUAGGCUGCUUUGAACGGAUCCAGGAGUUCUUGCUAACUCAAGACCGUGAUCGCACCGAAGCAUCCAUCCUGAAUCCCUUAGAUAUUACAGCUGUUUCAGACCAGUCUUCCAGUGAUCACACCUCAGACACGUCUCGUAUAGCUUUAUCGACCAGAUGGAAAAACACAGGAAAAGACUCUCACGGGAUACUGCUCGACCUUCAAAAUGCGUCUUUCGGGGUAAAAGACGAUGGCAAAGUUAUAGUUUCCGGUAUUAACCUACAGACCCGGCUUUCCAGUCUGACGGUUAUAACAGGCAAGGUUGGGUGUGGGAAGUCCACUUUGCUGAAGGGCGUGCUCGGAGAGAUACCAUGUAGCCAGGGGCUGGUCCGGAGGCAUUUCCAAGACGCGGCAUACUGUGCCCAGUCCCCGUGGUUACGCAACAUAACAAUCCGUCAAAACAUUAUCGGCGACUCAAGCUCUGCGUUCAACAAGAAGCUGUAUGACAUGGUUAUCGAAGCAUGUGGCUUGAAGCCAGAUCUCUUGCAGCUUCCUCAAAGUGAUCAGACUAUUGUCGGCUCUAAUGGUGUGACCUUGAGUGGUGGUCAAAAGCAACGUAUAACGCUUGCGAGGGCUUUAUACAACAACAAAAAACUCGUGAUUUUGGACAAUGUCUUAAGUGGACUGGACUCUACCACGGCGGACUGUAUCUUUGACAAGGUAUUUAGCCCAGGAGGGUUGAAGGAUUUCCUUGGUAUUACUGUGAUUAUGGUAUCGCACAAUGUACGCCAUAUGCAGGCUGCAGACAAUGUGAUGGUCAUCGACGAUGACGGCUCUAUGGUACAGUGUGAUACAUUUGAUGAGCUCCAGAAAGGCUCCAAUGGGUAUGUAGCUCAAUUGGUAGACCAUACAGACCGACCAGGCCCAACGGAGCCAUCCUUAGACCUGGAGUCAGUGAAACCAACCCGUCCUCCAAUGGAUCAUAUUGUUCGGAGAAACAAAGAGGUCGAUGCUACAAGACAAUCCGGAGACACUGCAGUUUACGCAUAUUAUCUCCAGGCUGUUGGAUGGCGGGACAGUAUUUUUCUUUUCAUACUGGGCGCUGUAAGCGUCUUUUGCGACAAGUUUCCCACGGUAUGGCUAGAAUGGUGGGUUCAAAAUUCUCACACAAGGCCUGGGAAUAACGGGUUCUACUUUGGGAUAUACAUCAUGUUCGGAGUGUCAAGUCUCAUCCUUGUACUUCUUACGGUUCGUCAUAUGUUUGUCCAGAUUGUACCAAGCGCAUCCAAGAAACUACACAAGCAGUUGCUAGACACAGUCAUGAAGACACCAUUGUCGUUGUCACUAGCGACCGAUAUAGGAAUCACACUCAAUAGGUUCAGUCAAGAUAUGACUUUAGUCGAUAUGGCACUGCCACCGGCAGUCUUCCUCACACUUAUUGGUAUCUUGAACUGCAUCGGGGGUGCCGUUAUGGUCAUCAUCGGAGCAAAGUAUCUGGCAAUCAUGGUUCCAGUAGCACUAGGAAUCCUCUAUUGCCUACAGAAGUUCUAUCUGCGAACUUCCCGCCAACUCCGCUUCCUAGACCUAGAAGCAAAGUCUCCUCUCUAUACACAUUUCCUCGAAGCCCUGAACGGACUGACAACCAUCCGAGCAUUUGGCUGGGCAUCAACCUUCGAAGAAUCGAACAUCGCAUUGCUGGCCGAGUCUCAACGUCCAUACUACCUACUUUACUGUAUCCAACGAUGGCUGAAUCUAGUUCUCGACGUCUUUGUGGGAGCGUUAGCAGUGUUACUGCUCACUUUCGCCGUGAAGCUGAGCGACAUUACAAGCCCCGGUGCCCUCGGAGUUGCCAUGAUCAACCUACUGAACUUCAACCAGGAUCUGGCAAGUCUGAUUGACUCCUGGACGAAGAUGGAAACCUCACUCGGGGCAAUAUCUCGCCUGAAAGAUCUUGAAAACAACACACCCCAACCAUCGCAUGGCUCAUACUCGAACCAGUGGUCUUUCCAACAAUCCCUUGAGUUCAGACAAGUCUCAGCAUCAUACGGCCCAGAAAAGCCACUAGUACUUUCGAACGUGUCGCUACGCAUUGCGCACGGUAAGACGGUCGCCAUCUGUGGUCGCACAGGCAGCGGCAAAUCCUCUCUGCUUCUCUGUCUCCUCGGCCUCCUAGACCUCCGUUCCGGUUCAAUCUGCAUCGACGAGAUAGACAUAUCCACCAUCUCCCCCGACCAGAUCCACGACCACGUCAUAGUUAUCCCGCAGAACAUGCCCCUACUCCCCGGUUCAGUGCGCUCCAAUCUCGCUGGCACAACCAACCCCCAGCCCGACGAUAUCAUGGUAUCCGCCCUGACAGCAGUGGGCCUGUGGACCCAUAUCCAGGAGAAGGGCAGCCUUGACACAGACGCGGAUGAGCUUUCCCUGAGCGCAGGCCAGCAACAGCUAUUCAGUUUCGCUCGAGCUCUUGUCCAGAAGACUCUGGUCGAGACUCGGUACGGCACACAGACUCACGGGGGGAUUGUGCUGCUCGAUGAAGCGAAUAGUAACGUUGACAUGGGCACUUCUUUGCUUAUGCAGAGAUUGCUGAAGGAGGAAUUCGCGGCCUGUGGAUGGACGGCUCUUGUUGUUACUCAUCGUCGUGAGACUAUGCAUUCUGCGGAUGAGGUUGUCGUCCUCGAUGCUGGGGGUGUUGUUGGUGAUCCCAGGCGGUUGGAGAGUUUGCAUCGGGUCGAAUGA